AUGGUUGAACUCAAGCAACAGACCAUGUGUGGAAUCAAGUCCCCUGCAAAAAGAAAGGGGCAUGGCUUCACCAGAAAGUGUGCUUCCUUAGUGAAGGAACAACGUGCCCGUAUAUAUAUCCUUCGACGCUGUGCCACCAUUCUUCUUUGCUGGUAUAUCCAUGGAGAUGAAUAA